UCAAGUACAUUAUUGGAAACAAUCCCUUGCCCUCACACUACUACUAUGUAUAAAACUAGGGCUGAAGAAGAAACCCUAUCAAUUGCACUCAUGGCUUCCCUGCUCAGGCCAUGGUCGAAUCUCCCUGAUGAGAUACUAGUGAUGGUAUUCAAACGCCUCCUCCACAUCUGCGAUCGGAUUCGGUUUCGCGCCGUUUGCAAGGGUUGGCGGCUGCCGGUACGACUCAUUCAAGGGCUCUUUCCCAUUCCGAAACUGCCAUGGACAAUGGAAUACAUGUGGAAGAAGACAACGGAUUCAAACCGUACAUCGAGUAUUUGCAAGCUACGUGAGCCUGAUCUCCAUCAAGGCAGCAGCGCAUCCCGAUCUUACAUUGUAGAAAACGGGAUGAUGGAAGGGAGGAGCAACUUCGUGGAUGCGGAGGCUUGUGCGUCCAGAGACGGUUGGGUGCUUUUCUCCAAAGAGGAAGGAAAAGGGAGUUUGCUCUUCUUUUUCUUUAGUCCAUUUACUAAAGCGGUGAUAUCCCUUCCUCACCUGGAGUCACCUGGGUUUGAAGUUGCCACAUUCUCCUCCGCCCCUACUUUCCCUGAUUGCGUUGUGUUUGUGACGCAUCCACCCGAGUCGGGUAAAAUCUCCAUAAGCAUAUGCCGCCCCUGUGGGGAUGAUCGGACAUGGAACGGCAGUAUAUUUCGUGUACCUGAGUUUUUCGACUCCGUGGAAUCCGUGGCCUACAUGGGAGGAAGUUUUUACUGUCAUUUCGGAUGUUUCUACCGGAUGACAUCUUUCAACACUGCCACUCAAAAAUGGAGUAUUACAAGAAUUAGAUCUUCUCCAACCUAUGAAAACGACUAUGCUAUUGAUGAUUGUACUUUGUUUUGCUUCAGUAAUCCGAAUUACUUGCUGGAAGGUGAAGGAGAGUUGUUAUUGGCAUAUGCAGCCAAAGAUCGCUAUUCCCUAUAUCCUGGUGAGUAUGAUGACGAAUGGUUUCUUCUGUACAAGCUGGAUUGGAAGCGCAAGGCAUGGCGCAAUAAGGGAAGGUUGAGAGGUGGGGCGAUAUUUCUUGGUAAAACGUCGUUUUGGAUUUCAAGUGAAGGAGAAACAGAGAUGGUAGCAAAUAGGGUCCACCAUUACUCCCGUGGCACCCCUAAAUUCUUUCUGUCGCCCUCGGAUUAUCCCUUUGGGCUUCUCGAAGAACAUAGAGAGAAGUGCAAGAUUUGCUAUCAUCCUUGUACGCAAGGGCUAAAAACAAUCUGGAUUGCACCUCCUCCACAGUUUUAGCAUCUUAUAUGUUUAAUCAUAGAUUUGCCAG